AUGGCGCUGCGCAUUGGACAAGUGCUUCGAGGUGGAAAAGGAAAGUAUGAGCUGCUGGAGCAGCUGAAAGGUUCCAGCGUCUUCAAAGCCCGGGUGCUGUCCAACCCUUCAAUCCAAGGAGAAUGGGCCGUGAUUAAAUCUCCUGCUACCAACGAUGAAAGAAAUGCCUUGAAGCGAGAAUACCGCAAUUACGGGGUCCUCGAAAUAGCCUCAUGCCCUUACAUCCGAACUCUGCACGAUACAGUACGGUCAAAUGGAGAUCAACACGACCCGGGAUGCAUGGUAUUUGGAUGGAUGGAUCUGGAUUUGCGAUCCGUCCAGGCCAACCGAUUCCGAGGCGACCCAAGGUUGCCAAAAGUGGUGUCUAAAGUGGUCCUGUCGGCUCUUGAACUCUUCAAAAAGCUCAGUGUCGUUCAUACAGAUGUUAACGUAAACAACGUUUACGUCUCCGACAUCGAUGGGCUUUCGCCAAUUGCCAAGCUGGGAGAUCUAGGGAAUUUGAUUACUGAGGGUUCUACAAAACAACGUGGUCAAAGCCUGCCGUGUCGGGCGCCUGAGGUCUGGCAAGGCUUGGGGUGUCAACAUUCCUCUGAUGUAUGGUCACUUGGUGUUACGUUGGCACGUCGAUUAUCACCGCGCCCCCUCUUUGGUCCCAGUGACAAGAUAAUCGAAGGGUUUACAGAAGCGUGGUGCAUCGCGAAAAUCAUCCGUCUCCUUGGCCCGCUAGGUCAACCUGCUGAUUGCCAACCCUACAAGGAUGAGUUUGAGCUUGCAGAACAAUUAGCGGUCAUGGACAAUCCCCAUGAUGGCACGAGGCUUAUCAAAGGAGGCACUUUGCGGGAGGAACUACAGCGGCUCGCAGAGCCCUCGGUGUCGCCGGAGCUACUGGAUUUUAUCGAGUCUUUACUAGUUGUUGAUCACAGCAAGAGACCCAUAGCUUCAGAAGCACUUCAACAUCCCUAUUUGCAAUCUUUUACAUAA